AUGGAAACGAAUAAUGAAGUAGUUGUUCCAAAUGUUGGCGGGACCGACAUUAGAGAAACUAAUAAUUUAAAAAUGAACAACUACACAUCGGAUAACCCAAUACAUACCUCUCUAACAAACUCAUCAUUCAACGAAUCACAAUAUUCCAGCUCCGAAAGAAUUAACCGUCUACCUACAUUGUUCGAAGUCUUGAAUAAAAAAACCGAAAGCCCUGUCGAUUUGUGGUCGUUUUAUGUCUUUAUGAGAGAUGAACAACAUGCCGUCGACUAUUUGGACUUUUGGAUCGACGUCGUCAGUCACUUGGCCUUAUGUAAACAGUAUGUCAAAGGCUUAAGAGAAAGUGUGUUGUUGACAGAAAAAGAAAAGAGAAAUACUAGUGGUGGCAAGUUUCCUGAAAAUUAUCCUUCAGGUUUCACCGAUUCCCAAUACGAUCCAAGAAACUUGGCACCACUUGCUGGCGGCAAUGACCGUAAAAACUAUGACAGCUACCAUUCUGAAGGCACUCGUUUACCAAAGACCAGCUCCAUUUCAUCAUCGGUGUUGUUGGAAGCAUUAAUCAAUGAAGGGGUUCUUGAUGAACCUAAUUCCAAAAGAUUGUCUUCCUUUUUGAGAGGCGAAGAACCAAUCAACGACCAAAGAUUCAGUGAAUUAUUGGAAAAAUUGCAAAAAUCAGAUAUCGAAAAUAGUACUACCGGGGAAAAUACUCCAGGUUUAAACCACUUGAGCGGUGUCAGUGCUGCAAAUAAUCAUGCUUUGAAGAGUUUGGUACCAGAACUACAAAAAGUUUACAACAGAUAUUCCCAAUCCACUACCUCGAAUAAGAACUCGAUGAUCCAGUAUCCUUCAUUUGCUAAUGCACCACCAUUGCCUGAUGACAUCAAGGUAUCUCCUGAAGAUAUUGAAAAAAUGGUGAAUGAUGAUGCCCUUGCCGCUGCCACACAGGGAAGUCCCUCAAAAGUGAAGAGAGAGGAUUUACGUUCGUCAUCUCGUCGUAUUCUUGUCACCUAUUUCAUUGAUAACUCUGAAAAGAAGCUCCAACUUCCAGAAAAAAUCAUCAGACAAAUUAGACAUUCCAUUGAAGUACAAGGCCGUGAUGACCCAGAAGUGUUUGACGAAGCUCGUGAUUACGUUUUUCAAGCCAUGGAACGCGAAGCAUUUCCAAACUUCCUUAAGAGUGCCGCAUUGAAUAACAUCACCAAGAAAUCAUUCAACAUUCGUCUUGUUGCUGGGUUUUUCUUCUUUUUUGUGGCAUUUUGGGUUGGCUACACCUUGAUCUUCCUUGGUUAUUCUCCAAAACAUGACCGUGCUACCGUGACCAUCCCAUUCUUUCUCGGUACUUAUUUGUUAGUCACCGCGCUUUUCAGAUUGGAUCCUGCGUUAUGUACCCUAGGAUACGCUGAACUGAAUGCUUCGACAAACAAGCAUCAUUAUAUCGAGUUGAAGGAGCCAUAUGUCAAGAAAUUAUUAUUUCAAAGAAGUAUCUGGGUGGCGAUUAUCAUUUGUGUGAUCAGUGCGGCCUUCUCUUGUCUUUUUUCCUUGGUGCCUGGUCAUAGAUUGUGA